AAAGAUGACAUCUGAAGCUCAUUUUUCUGUGAUAAAGUUCUAUGGCACUCCUAAACCAAGAAGGAAAAGGAAGAAAUUUGACCCUGACCUAGAGAAAAUACAACCAAUGAUUCCGAAAGCUUUCCCCCACAGAAUUCUUGGGCCAACAGAGAGUUGGAGAGUAUUUUAUCGGCAAGCUGACGCCUUCAAGUUUGCAGCAAAAUCAGAGGACACUCUUGUGUUUGCAGUUGAAAAGUCGGCAGCUCUUGUGGGUGUCAGCUCUGGCAAGAGACAAUACCUGGUGACAAGUCUACCUGUAUUUUGGCAUUUUUACAGCCAGCUUGAGGCAGGAAAGAGACAUCAUUAUGAAAUUAUUCCAAAAGAGUGUCUAUGCAAGUUAUAUUUUGAUCUUGAGUUUCUGAAAGAUUUUAAUCUUGAACAUAAUGGAGACAAUAUGACAGACAUAUUGAUCCAGUAUGUUUGUUUAUGGCUGAAGAUAAUUUACCAGCUGGACUGCAACAGGACAAAUGUCUUGGACCUUGAUGCUAGUACUGGAAGCAAGUUUAGUCGCCAUCUUAUUUUCCAGUUGCCUGGCGCGUUGUUUGAAAACUGUGUUGUUGCAGGAUAUUUUGUACAUUAUAUUUUUCAUCAACUCAUCAAUUAUCUAAAUUGGAAAUCCCCAAAUAGCCAAGAACAUGCUUUAAGAGAAGUGAUUCUUACCAGCCAGGCAGAUUAUAAUAAAUCAGCGUUGGCUAUUAAAGAUGAGAAAUCAUCUUGUACUAACGGAGAUGAUAAAUCAUUAGCUUGUGCUAAUGAAGAUGAUAAAUCAGCUUGUGCUAAUGAGGAUGGUUUUGAAAUAGAAGAUGAAGACAAGAUGAGUUUAGUGGCUGAACAUUGUGAAUUAAAGUGUUUGGGUCAAACUGGUGUGGACGUGAUAUCAGCCAAUGUGUCGGAUAACAUGCAUGGUGUACAGUUAGGGAGUAAACGUACUCGUAAUGACAGCAUAUGUGAUGUUGACCACAGCAAUCUUAAUGUGAGACCCACUAAUGCUGACCGCAGCAAUCUCAAUGUGAGACCAGCUAAUGUUGACAAGAGUACAAUUGAUGUCUGUGGUCACUUUACGUUGGAACAGCUGACAUCUCUUGUUGUGAUAAACAAAGACAGGAAUAAAACUUUGGUCUGUGAUCUAGGCGUGUACACUAAAAAUAGAAACUUCCGCUUGUAUCUGUCCAGUAAACAGAACAAACAUAAUCCACUGGAUGUAUCCAGACACAACCUGUAUUAUCCGGAUGUGAGCGGAACAUCCGACAUGAGUGAGGCUGUGUUCUACUCAUCUUUAAUCUCACAGAGGUGUGCUGCCUCAAACGUUAGGACACUGAGUUUUGCUAAGACUGCAAGCUCCCCUACAUUGAUUGAACAUGGUGUCCACCAUUCCCAUUCAGACCACACACAAGACUCCAUGCACGGAUAUUCCGCGACCUCACCAUAUCCAGAGAUUGAUGGAUUCAUCCAAGGCUUAAUUAGAGUGAAUGGUAACAAAGGCACAAUCCGCCAGUGGAUAUAUUUCAGUGACAGCCAGACUCUGCUGUACGAGGUAGCUGGUUACAGAUGGUGUGGGAACAUACAGAGACAGCAUCGCAGCAACAACAUAAUGUAUGUUGUUGACAUUCAACAUGGCAUUUACUACCAGAAAUGUCAUGACCCAGAAUGCCAGGGAUACAGAUCAGAAUCCAAAGAUGUUCCCUAUCAUCUACUUCCUGCUUCGUUCUUCAUUGACCAGGAUGAUGUCAUUGAUGGGUUCCAGACUGACAGUGAUGACGACAUGCUAUCUGCUGCCAUGGAGGAGGUGGACGCUAGUCUAUGAGAGAUGCCGGACAUUAUAUUUUGGUAGUGGACGGUCUAGUGGUAGUCGGUAACACUUACAGUAAUGAACAGUUUACUACAAGUUAGACGAAUGCUCUAUAAUAGGUGGACAUAUCAUUAUAUUGUAAUUUUAAAAACGGCAAAAAAUUGUGAGACAAAUUGUUUUAACUGUUUAAUUCAUUGCAGUGUAUUUUAAAUUGUAUGUAA